AUGCCUGACUUCGCCGACUCCCGAUUUCUUUGCUUAAUCGUACUACCAAACCAUCUCAGGGGUGCGGUUCGUAUGUUAAAGCAUAGAUUGGCACUUCUAGCCCACAACCCCUCUGCCUUUGUCUCCGGCGGAGUCUUCCCAGAAAGAAAUUCUUGGGAACAGGCUCCUGAUACUUUCAUCGAAUUGGGGAGCUAUUACGAGAGAGCACCAUGGUGGGCUCUCGAUGGUCAAAAACUGACGGAUAUUCCCUCGUACCAUCAAUGGGUGGAGAUGUGGACAGAACUUUGCCGCUUGUUCAAGAAAUUCACAGUGUAUGUCGAUUUCCAAGUUCUUUGGGAUAUCUUGGAGGAUACAGAUUUUCCAGAAGAACUUUUCUCGAAAAAAUUGUUCUCGCAAGAUGUCUUGAAUGAGCUUGCGCCAUUUUGUAUGGGCCUUUGCCCUAAAAGUAGAAAAGUUCACAUUUUCCGCAAGGAAACUCGCGAGUGUUUGGAAAUAGCAGCAGAGCAAAUGGAAGGUAGAGGUGAAAAGAGCGAACACAAUUUCUCGUGCGAUUGUGGAGAAAUGCUUUUGAUGGAAGCGGGUGAAAAUCCGAGGCUCCACAAUGGAGUGAAAGUUUGUAGGCUUUGCAGUCGUUAUUGUACACUGUAUGAGAUGGGUGACUUUGUGGGUGACUUUGUGGGUGAUGAAAGGGUGCCGCCUGACUAUUUUUUGAGUUUCGUUGUUUUAUUACCGGGUGAGGAUAACCAAGUUGGCAUUAAUUAA